AUGUUAUUAGAAAACAACUGUAGACCCGGACACAUACCAAGCUCUCGAUAUCGACAACUUUCGACUUCUUACUACUACCAUCAAACGACUACUGGCCAUCGGAGGAGGAUAUCAUUGAGGAAGGAAUCCCACUAUAGAAGUUCUGGCAAAAGCCCGGAGACUUGGCUAAUGUUGGGAACAGUACCUACCAUUGGGUCCAGUCCAAUGAUUUCACGUAUGCGACUGGAAACAAUCUGCUGGAACAUAAUCAUUGAAGGUUUCGAAAUGGACCAACGAAUGAAGGAACUGGUUAAGAGAAUGACUAUGAGUUUAAAAAUUCCAGAAGCCUCUCGAAAAUUCAAAGAGAGCAUGAUUUCUUCGCGAAGAAGAAUAUCAAGGUCUUCGAGCCAAGCGAGCUCAACAAAGGAAUCUAUGAAACGGAGAGAUGUCGCUCGUGCACCGACAAUCUUCUCAACUACAUUCCUCUCAUCUCCACCUACACGUCGAAGGAUCCCAGGACCGGAAAACCAACCAAUACUCUGCAGCCAUAUUGCAUCAAGUGUGUGGAGAGAUGUGUCGCAAGAACAGUUGCUAGGAGGAAGCUGGACCGAAGGGAGCGAUUGGAAAAGGACAAACUUGAGAAAAUGGAUCGCAAGAAAAAGGAAAAAGGUGUGGCAGCAAAUGAUGGAAAGGAAUGGGACCAUUGGCGAGAGAUUGACCGAUUUCUGCAAAGAGAACGACAUCGCUGUUCCGGAAUACAAGUUUCACUAUAAGAUGAUUCUCGUGUUUCUGAAGCCUGAUGAAUCAGAAGAAGGUCAAGAUAAGGCGAAAGAUGAAGCACUGUUCCUCGCUUACACUGUUCAUGAGUUUGGAGCAGGCAAGGAAACUACACCAAAGUCGAAAUGGACAGUUCUUGGAUAUCUGGACUCGAACCGUUAUAUCACUGAAAGCAUUGUCUUGUCGUACUUCGUGUAUGCUGCAUCCAUUGGCUACAAGAUGUGUCAGUUCUGGUGUGCAGCUCCCGGUGAUUACUAUUAUUUGUUCAACGAUCCUAUGCUAGACGGAUGUACAAGAACUUCUCGAAAACUUCUAUUUGGAUGGUGGAUACUGGCCAAAACGAAUCGAGGCAUUUUUGAAGGAACAUUCGAAGAACUUCACGAGCAACUGGUGCAAGAAAUCAGCAAAAACAGCGAUUCCUUUUUCGUCGAGUUCCAUUGA